UUUGUAAGCGUUUUCAAGCGGUUGUUAAAGGCUAAUCAAUCUGCAGAUGACGAAUUAUAGCUGGCGCGAACUAGCAAUGGCGGCCGUCAGUGCCAGUAGUAUGUUAGAGUUUGUUCGCCGUAUUUUCCGCGAACGUCAAGACCAUGGCAUGCUCACCAUCAGGCAGCUGCGUACGCUAUACACUGACGAGCUCAAAGUGAAACACCUGUCAUCAGAAAACCGAGAAGUCUUUGCAUCAAUAGUCACAACUGUAUUCAAGGAGUUUGUAGACUUGGCAGACUCCAGAGACAAGUCAUCGCAAGACGUCAAGUCAAGUAGCGACGACACCCCAGCAGAUCUAGGGGCCACCAGUCCAUUGCGCACAAUACUGCCCCAAAACGGUAACUGCUACUCGGAUGCUGAAUCGCCCAUCAAAUGCCCCAAUGCCAGGAACGUUCAGCGAGUAGUUGACACAAGCAGUGACUCUGAUGAUGAUGAUGUGAUUCGGGCCGUGAAGGAAACAUUAGGUGUGCGGACACAUCGACGAACUCAGUCGAAACCGGCUCCCGUGCUUAGUGUUGCUCCCAUCAGUGCUCUCAACAGCAUAUCGACCGUAGGUGCCAAUGCAUCAAUAGCUAUUUCAACUGAUUCAUCACACAUUUCUCCAAAGGUUCCUUCUCCAAGUGUUUCUCCGGGUGUUUCGUCAAGUUUGUCUUCCAACCCUGCAUCGAGUGUAAUAUCUGAGAUCCCGCUUAAGGAUGCACCUUGUGAUGAAUCCAUUAACGCUUCCUCCAAUGCUGCGACCAGUGCAGUGUGUUGUGCCAUUCCGACUGUGGUGUUCCCUGUGGCUUCAGCCGACAAGGCUGAAGCGCCUUGUGGAGGGGACGCAUCAGACUCCUCGGACUCUGAAGGAAAGCUGAUGAUUGCCGAGUCCCCCAUGUCUGCAGAGUCUCCCCGGAGACCUUCAUCAGAUGGUGAAGGUAGUGCCAGGGUUGGAGAACAUGGAGUAGAACCCAGAAGGCCUCCCCUGUCUGAAAGUAAGAAAGUGAAAAAUGCCGCUAGCAGUCCAAGUGAAGGAUCUAAGACCCCAACUCAAGAGAGCAACGGUAAGGAACACAAAAGCAUGGACGACAUGCCUUUGUUUACUCUGAAGCUGACGAAAACCAAGACAGGUGGCUGGAUCAUGGUUAAGCCCAAGAGUGAAGAGUCAGAUGCUGGAGAUGAGACGUCCCCACAAAAGCCUAACAUAGUGCGUCGAAAACGUGUCCCAGCACCACGGAAAACCAAGGGAAAGAUCCCAGAAAUUGCCCGUGGUAUCUUUGACUCAAGUGACGAUGAGCCACUAUCAGAACUGCGCAACAAGCAACCAAAAAAGAAGCCAGCCCCUGUGCAGCUGGCUACUAUAGAAAAUCCCAGCAUCUCGGACUUGGAGCAGAAACUUACGCGGGUACACAAGCGACGGAAGAAACCAGCUGACGGCUUUCCACCUCCAAGCAAAAAGCGUAAGCCUGCAGCAAAACCAGCAUCAACAGAGAAUCCAGCUGUUGCAAAACUCAAGCGUUGCAUUAGCACUGCGGGUCUAAGGGUUCGCUAUGUGCAGUUGCUGGAGGAAACUGAUACGGUAGAGCAGAAAGUGGCAAAGCUCAUGAAAGUUCUUAGGGACGCUGGGCUUCAAGGCAACGCAACAUUGAAGAACUGCAGAGAGCUGAGGCAAAAGCGCGAAGAAGAGAACGAAAUUCGGAGUCUCGACAAACGCAACAUUGUUGAAAACUCGCAAGCAUCUUCCACAUCACCUCAACAUUCAGAUGGUGCAACGAAGCGAACAACUCGGAGUGCAGCCGUCUCCACAGUCCCAAGUGCCACACCCGAGGAACCCCAGGAGGUGGUCGACGAAUCGCGCAAAGUCUUCUCAAGGAUACAAAACUUGCACCAGAAAUUGGUCCAAGUUGCAUGUCAUCAACUUUUGGAAUAAUGGAUAUUUAAAAUGUGAAAGGUUGGUGGCAAUAAAUAUAACCUUUUUUUUUCCCCCAUUUGGUCCCACAGAUAUAACAUACCUUCCACUACUUUUUGAAAACUGCUUUGAUAAAUGGAAAAAUGUGUUUUGCUUCUGAGCUCCCACUGUUGGUAGGCUUUUAAUGAAAUUGCUGUUGUAAAGGAACUGUGGUACUCGUCAAAGAAUCUUAUUUCGGCUCUGCAAACAUGCCAAAAUGAAAAUUUUCGAGAAUGCAUGCCCAAUGGUCUGCAGUGAGCAAGUGUGCUUUUCACAGCGGAGUUAGUCAACCACAAAAGGCCUUUUAAAACAUCUCUGCAUUUCAAUGUUACCUUCCUGGUGAAUCAUUGAUACCCAGCUUAAGGGCUCAAAAUUGCACAUUUCUGCUGCAGUAGUUUUCAAGAGCUUCACAUCCCUGGUGCUUUUAUUCUUGUUAAAAUACAUGAGCACUAAAGGUAAUUAUCGAACUAGUAAGCUGUAUUGAUAAACUACACUUGUGGAAUUGCAAAUGAGUCAAAAUUUGUAAAUUUAAAAAACGAAUGCAGUAACAAAGGCAAACUGCAACAGUAAGGACAUGCACACAUGCUGACUCAUAGCCAUGCAUUUGUUGAGAAAAGCAUGUACAGCUACAUGGAGAACUGCACAGCACAUGAACGCAUAUCGGGCUCUUUUUCAAUACUUGGCACGUGUCAGGGUGGUAAACACACAGUGACUCACGUUUUUAUUUUGUCAUCUUUAAGAAAGCUAGUAUGCUUAGCACUACUUUGCUCUUGCUCGAGUUCUCCAACAAGAUAUAGAAUGAUUCGGUCAGUCUUGCAAUGCAAUACUUAGCACUCGUUUUAUUGCCUGGAUUGUUUCAACAUUUAGUUGCCGCUAGGCUGUUAAGCAGUUACACGCAUCUCCACAGCAGCUUGCUUCUCUGAUGGAAGAUGUGCGUAGAGCAUUUCUUUCUUUCUUUCUUUCUUUCUCUCUUUCUUUAACAAAGUGGGGAGGGCAGAAUAUCAGGUGCUUUAUUGAAUGAUGCAGGCCAAUAAAUGUAGUCUAGCUGUAAAAUUUAAGGAAACACAAAUAACUGUAAAGUGUUUCAAAGUUGAUAGAAUGAAAAUGCACACCACUGUACAAUUGUACCACGAAAGGAGGUAGGCAUGGUGGAACGGACCAUAAAAACAAAAUAUUGGUGGGGACAUGCCAGUCUGAAAAGCCCGCACCACCUCCUCACACCAUCAUGGAUUUCGGAAUUGUCUGGUGGUGGCUAGCUUGUCAUCUAUAAUAAAAGCUGACAUAUUGCAUUCAAGACCCAGCAGAAAUCGCAACCAGCCUAGUUUUGCAAACCUAGUGUACAAAAAUCUGCUGCAGUAGCUGUGUGAUAGCUAUGGCGUUUCACUGCUGAGCUCGAGGACACUGAUUCAAUCUUGGCCGCGGUGGCCACAUUUUGAUAGCAGAAUGUAAAAAUGCUCGUGUACCAUGCAUUGUGUGUGUGUUAAAGAGCCCCAGAUGGUCAAAAUUAAUCCACAGUCCCCCACUAGUGUAAUUGCUUACCAUUUCGUAGUUUUUGGCAUGUAAAACUCCAGAUAUUAAUUUACAAUUUAUAUAUUGCACAGAAAUGACCAGAGUAAGCAUACGUAACUUUGUCAAAACUUGUGACAUUGCAGCAGUGUCAUUAGAGGCACAGUUUAAGCACAGAAUUUAAGCAGCCGAACUUUGGGCUUCAGAUUUUCUCUGCUAUAAAGCACUCAUUUUCCUGCAAGAAAGUGUAUAACAAAUAUAGAAUAGAAUAAAUAUAGAAUAAAUAUAGAAAGUGUGCUUAUAACAAAUAUAGAAUUUGACUAAGGUAUUUUCAUGUCAAUGCAAUUUUGUUACAUUUUACUAUAUAUAGACUACAACACUGCACUAGAUCUAGAGAAUACAGCAAUGCAAGUCUGCAUUAAAAAUGCUUCUCCGGUUUUAAGCUGACUGAAUUGCUCAACAGUAACCGUUUUUUAAAAAAUGUUUAUUCUGUAAUGGUGGAAAACUCUAGCACCGCAACUGCCAUUCAAAAUUGGAUAGACAGGGUGGUUUUGUUUAAUGUGCUUGAGUACAGGAAGGGGUGUGGUGAAGAGUCCUGAGAAAGCCUUCGUUAUAAACUCGGGAGGUAUGCACAUCCUAAAAUUUUUGUUUUCUCUUUUCUUUUUUGUUUGACGAGUGCCCAUUUCCAUGGCAAAGUUCUUCCUUCACCAGGUGCUGUUUUGACAAAAACUUUUGCCUAUAACAUGUGACAGAAGACCCUGACGAGAGGUUUAAGGUAACCUUGAAGAGACACAUGGACCUAAAAUUGCCCAGCUGAAAUCUACUGCUUUUAAGGCACCUUGAAUUGGUUUUUGUUGUACACUUGUUCACGGCCUACAUUUUCUGCAUUAACGUUUCUCGGUGGCACUCUGUUAGUUUCUAUGCUUUAAUCAUGUGUGGAGCAGGAGCAAACAAAAUUAAUUGUUUUAAAGCAGAAAUACCUCUUCGCUUGCUCCAACCAUUUGACCCCGAAGGAAGCAUAGGGGAAGUUAACUGGGGUAUUUCAUAGAAAUGUAGAAUUAAAAGGAAGAACAGAUGGAAAACAAAAGAAAAGACAACUUGCUGCCGGCGGGAGCCGAACCCGCAACCUCCACAUGACACAUGCCCCCGAUGGAGCUACCACAAGUGACUAUCUACUUUCUCCGGUAGUUGUGUGUGCAUGCACUGAAACCUAGCUCAGUGGAGCUAUUAUCUGUAUUAGCCAGCACAGAGCAUCACAUGCAUCAUGCAUAGCUUGUCGGUUUGGCUUCCACCGGCGUCACAUUGGCUUUUCUUCUACAUUGAUUUCCCUUUUCCGUAUGAAUCUUACAUUUCACUUUAAGAAAUAGUUACUUUCCUGUAUGCUUUCCUUGCCCUGGUUGUCUUUUUAUUUCAUACGAUCGUUACUAGCAGAAAAUUUAGCCCCUCAUUUUCCCUGAUUUUACAGUUGCUGCAGUUACCUAAAUCUAGAAACCACAAUUCAAAUGUAAUUUGACUGCUAACUUACAUGGCUCAACACAAUUCUACAACAUGAAGGCCAAUUUAGGGCUAUAGUCAUUAGCAGAUGAUUUCAAGUCUCAUCUUCCAGCUGUUACAUUAGCCACACUUACCGAACAAUGUGAUAUAAGUCCCGACGAAAAAGGUCUUCCCUCCCUGAAUACUAUUUACAGAUAAUAAUAAAUGCAUGAUAUUGUAGCUCUUCCACUUUGUUCUUCUGUUGCAGAAGCUCCUUUCGCUAAAUACUACUUUACCAAAUUCUCUGGCAUUGCUAGAAGACACGAAUUACUCUACCCCUCUGGUAUGUCUUAUCAAGUGACCGAUGAAAGCAGCUUGCAAGCUUAUUUCCGCGAGCCAGUCAAUAAAUGCUUGCUCACUGGCGAAACUUGGUUGCAACCUAUACUGGGCUUGCAGCGUUAUUUUGUGCCUGGUGAUGCCAAAUUUUCUGGGCAACCUCUGAGCUACUUAUUUGCUGUAUGUUUGUUUUUCCUGUAUCCUGUCAUGUUGCAUGUUUACCAAAAAAGAUAAUUCUUUAACUUAUAUUUAUGUUAGCUUUGGAUGGCUUUGUGGCUUCUGACUGUCAUGCAUGUGGACAUGCCACAUGCAACGUGUGUCAGUCUUGCUUUAACACAAUAGUCUUAGAAACUUUACCUCAGAGACAUAAACUCUGUUUCACUGGGGAAAAAAAUAUGGCCGUGGCACGCAGUCAUACGUUCACAAUUUCAGCUAAUAUCCGUGCCCCUUUCAUUUUUUUUCCUCAUCUUAUCAUGUUGCUGAAAAUUAUCAUUGCAAAAGUUCUUCGCUAUCAAUUCAUUCCAGAUACUUAGUCUCUUAUUUGCCAUGUAUGUCAGGAAUUCAUGGCACAACUUGUACUCAUGCUGAAGCUAAAGGGGCUCCCGCAGCAUUUUUUUAUGAAGGACAUGGGACGCGGUAUUAAAAUGCACCACCUUGUGAAUCUUUUCCAGGGAAAACUUCUUGCAUGCACCUUGUAUGGACAGAGUUAUCCAAUGUCACUUGUUGUCUUAGCACUGGGCUAACAGUGUGCCUGUUAGACUAACAUUUCUGAAGAUGACUAUGAAUAUGGCACGAGAGAUACGCGGGCACUCCAUUGAGCUUGUUGUAACCGCAAAAACAAGCAUAUCGCAAUGUUUCAGCUCAGAAACUAACCUGCUGACUCCUAAUAACGAAUAUAGGCAGUUUCCUAACUUGAAUAUCGCACUUCACGUUGAGCAAGUUAGUUACUUUCUUUAGGAUCACAAAAUCAAGUGCCAUGACUUGGUGAUUUCUGGUUGAUUAAGUACGGGAAGUAAAAAUUAAAUAGUCAAACACAAUAACUUACAAACCUCAAGAUUAGGGUAAUUUAACAGAUUCCAAAUUUAGGUAGGGUCACUGUAUUUUCUUUAUUGCACUUGAGUAAAGUCUUUUGUUGGGGAUAUUUAGUUGCACUCUUUUCAUGAUCAGUUGUGGUUUCAUGCAACAAAUAAGCCAAAAUUUAAUGAAGCCACAGCAUCUUCUGACAUCAUGUUUCUGCAAACUUAAUAUGACGAAUUCCAUAUCAUGCAAAUUAAAGGACUACAAAACUCAAAAAACACAUGAUCUAUUUGAGAGCAUGUGUUAAAAUGCCACAUUUACCUAAACCUUAGCCAAUGCUUUUGCAAGAUGUCCAGACAAAAGUUAAACGAUGGGCUUAGGAACUGCAGAUGUGAUUCAAGGAUUCUAAGAGUAAGCAUGUAUCAAAGUUGCCUUCGACAAUCUGUUUGAGGAGUACAGCUGCGUCAUUAUGUCAAAAGACUCGCUAAAAAAGUGCACCAUUUAAAUCUGAUCGGCACUGUUGCACUGAUCAUGCAUCACUGAACGUUGUUGCAAACUGGAUAGCCCAGCAUGUGGAAAAGCAUCCUUGCUAAACCAAUCUCGUGAAUUUCUCAAGAAAUUAUGCAUUUAAAGAGCAGUAGGCAGAAUUGAGGACAGCACAUUGUCUGAGGAACAGCGCAAUCACACUACAUCGACGUAGAUGACAUGUAAACUUGGGUCAUGAGAGUGCGCUUUCUAUGUAUUGUACACAACGGCCUAAGACAAAAUUGUGAUUAAUGUUAUGUAUGUAAUAAUGUAUGGCACUUUGCAUUUUUUUAUAUUUUGCUCAGCUUAAAUUUGGGAAAAGCGUUUUUUUGGACAGACACCUAACUUCUUGGAAGGGUAGUUAGCACACAUUUGUUUUCAAUUUCCUGAGCACGUCUUCAGGGAUACAUAUGCAGAUUAGUAAUGAGGAUGUAACUCAUUUUAACUUGUUCUAAGGAUUUAACAAGGAUUUAAUGCAGCGCACAGAGUAGCAAGAACCCUGAGACAGCAAGUAAUGACAAGCAACAAACUUUUUCUAUAUCACCCACCUUGGUGGCUUGGUGGCUAUGGCAUUGCACGUCUAAGUAUGAGGUCACGGGAUAAAAUCCAGGCCACAGCGGCUGCAUUUCGAUGAUGGUGAAAUGUAAAAACACCCAUGUACCGUGCUUUGUGUUUACAAUAAAGAACACAGGUGGUCGGAAUUUAUCCAGAGUCCCCCACUGCGGUAUGCCUCAUAAUCGGGUUGUGGUUUUGGCACAUAAAACAACCCCAGUGUCUAUUUUUUUUUUCUUGAUCACAGUGGCAUUUUCAGAGAUGUAGUUGCCAAUUUCACCUGCUUACUUUGAAAACGUGUUUCUGUAAACUUGCUUGACGCAAGUAUCCCUCUUGCAUCUGCUCACUGUCAGAACAUUUGAAAUCGAAGAUAUGGAGACCGACAUUCAAACAUGUUCUUCACAAACAAAAUUACUUUUUCGUAAAACUUGAUGCAACAUUUGUAUAAUCGUACGAUUGGCUAAAAUAUGUAAACAUUAUGAAAAUUUCCAGAGAGUUGGCAGGUGUAAUCAAAGCCUUAACUCGAAUAUUGCUUUGCCAAACUUUGCUCUGCAGGCUUCAAGUAAUGCUUUAUACUUGUUAUUGGGAUGCUCUUUCUCUUAUUUUGGUUGCUGGUUACUAUGCAUCGGGCACGACAGGUUUUGUCUUUGGCCUUUGUUCUUUUGUUCAGUCUUGUUGCAUCUUGCUUUUGAUGAGCUAUCUUGUAUAAAAGAAAAAAGAAAAAUUGAUGCUGUAGAAUAUAUCCAUGCUUCACAUUGGCUUUGGAUCUAUAUGUACAUAAACACUAUUCCUCUGUGUGUGUGCGUAGAAGUGACAUCUGCAGGUAGGCCCAAAUUUAAACAAUCUUCCAACACUGUGAGUGUGCCAGCUGUUUAUAUGGCUUUUUAAGCUUUGGACAGAAUGUGAAAUUUUAUGUUAUACCCAUGUGGUUGAGCCUGCAGUUGACAGUCUUCUUAUGUGCAAUCAUAAUGAGUCACAUCAAUCCAUUCUGCAAAAUGCCCAUGUUCUUUAUCUUUUGGCAAUGGCACGUGACUACUAAGUUAAUCUGAGGCCACAUUCCUUUGAGGUUACUUCUUUCCACAUUGUUUUGCUGCAGGCCUAUCGUGCUCAUAACGGAUAUGUAACAGAUCUUGACGUGGCACAGGGAAUGAUGUAUUAUUACUGUUGAGCAUUUUAUGACCUGCACACUUUCUGACACCCAGUUAUCAGUUUACGGUUUACUGUUCCUAAAAUCUUGGUAACAGCUUCUCAAGAUUGUUUUCUUCAUCCUUGUAUGUGGCAGUACCAGUUCAGGUUUUGGUUUCGGCCUUCAGUUGUGCAAUGCCCGGCCCACUGGGCCGUUUUCUAAAUGCCUCCGUAGCGUAUAACGCGGACCUCAUUUACCUCCUGCUAAUAAUAUUAAGUUUGUGCAACUUGCUGGAAAUAACCAGUGCCACCAGUAGACGGUGUGACAUACAUAUACAGUCACAUUGCCUCCCUUGCCUUUACACUUUGACUUUUCUAAUGCUUAGAUAGUGCUAAGUUUACAUUUUCUUGUGUUUAGUUAGCUUGAUCGUAUGUUAUGUUGUCAAGCCCAAUGGUUAAGCUUGAGCCAGCAGUCCUGUUUGUAGAAGUCCGCUGUGCUCUAUGUGUCUACAGUGGAGACCACUUGUAACUUGACUGCCUGGAGCACAGUGCUGAAUAUUGUUUUACUUUUUCCCAUGACCAGCAUUUCUUCUUUUCAGUUUAAAAUAUUUAGGCACCACUUAAAGAGAAGGUGCCAAAUCCAAUUAACAUUAUAAGCAAGCGCUAUUAGUAUUACUGAAGACUAGCAAUCAGUUAAAAAGAAUGCAACUCAGAGCCUCACUUUCUUUUUUUUUUCGCUUUCUCUUACAUAUCUAAGCAAUGCUAUUGAUUAUAUGGUGUCACAGACAUCACUUUCCUUUUUCAGUCAAUUUGGAUCAUUUUCCUGCGGAAAGAUGUGGCUAUAAAGAAGAAAAAAAGAAUAAGGUCAGGUGUUAAGCAUACAUAAGCAGAUGCAUCACACCUAAAAAAAUGAGCAAAAAUAUAAUAUCAGCAUCGAUGAUAAAACUGAAAAAAAAAAUUUGUCAUUGUCACUUGCUGGAUGUAAUGCAGAACUUGAAAAACUCCCCUACCUGCUUCUAAAUGUCUGUUCACUUUGCAUGCAAGCAUCCCAUUUCACACCUGCAAUGUCUUUCUUAUGUUGCGUACAUUGUCUGUGAGGUAACAAAACAUCAGACGCUGUAGAUAUACCAUGUGAAAAUGGUAUCGUGGUGGGAAUGCAUUCGUUCACAUUUUCAAUAGUGUGAUUGCUGCUUGACAUUUCUUUGAGCAACGUCAGCAUUGCCUGCUCCCCUAUCCAGCAAAUGUGCACUGCUCUGCGCGGUAAACUUAUAUCUGCCUUGGGCUGAAUACUGUUAUGUGUUUAUGUCAUCUCUUGAAGGGCUUUUUAUAUGUUAGUAUUAUAUUUGUUUAUGUUUUUAGCCUUCAGUCAGAAAUUAUGAUUGAGGUUUCUUUAAGACCUUCAAAUCUAUAUGUUUUUUUUUUUUUCUGGGAACACAGGGUGAACUUUCCAGAAAAAGCUUUGUACUUGUAGCAUAAAUAUUCAAGCCAUGUCAGGUCAGUUGUCAUAAUUACGAAAAUGAAUUGCAUAUAUUGAACUCUUAAAAUUUUUGUAUUAAAUCAUGAAAAAAACUUCAAAAAUCGUUGCUAGUAGGUGGCCUGGGUGUCAUUGUGUAGAAGGCCGUCUGAUACAAGAAACAGCGCUAGUUAAUAGCAGUGAUACACAGCAACGCAUUGCAUUUUUCGCCACACCUGUUAGUACGCUGCAUAAAAUACGAUUGUUUUGCAUUACUUUGUGCACUGAUGUUACAUAUGACAUAGGUUGUGGUUAGUGGAGGGUUAUGUUCACAUUUACUGCUAUGUUUAAGAUUUUUUUUUCUUAUCGCCACUACUCAGAACAUUCAAAAGUAAAUUGCAUCUCCAUAUGGAGUUACCGUGACUGAAAGGGCUAAAGACUACACAAUUGCCAACCCUGUGAAAUCACAGGGAAUUUUUUAUGCCCUUUCUUCACAUUCAGAACCACUGUACAGCACCAUACUUAACCAUCGCUGUUGUAUACUGCAGCACAUGCGAGUAUCAAGAGUUUGAGAUUUCUCACCGCCAUAUAUAAGAAGAAAGACUGCAAUAAGCAGUGUUAAUUUCCAUACUCACCAUAAUAGCUCUGUUGCUAUGGCAACAUGCUGUUGAGUACAACAUUUCCAAAGUGAAUCCUGGGUGCAUUUGUUGCAUCCCCUUGCAGGCAGUAGUGCUAAAACAUAUGAAUGCUUAGAUUUAGCUAGGUACAGAUUAAAAAAAUUCCCAGGCAGUCAAAAGUAAGCUUUCACCAUUUACAAUAGUGUCUGCUAAAGCACACACUGCAAGCUUCCAACAUUGAACUGAGUAUUUAGUGCUAAUAUUCAGAACUCUCUUCUCGCUGUUUAGGUUAUAAGUGGUCUGCACUGUAUCAGUUACCAUGCUGUUUAGGCUGUUUUCUUUCUAGUGUCAGUCUUGGUGCAGCUAGCAAUAGAUUAUGCACUUAUUGUUUCACUGUUGAUAUUCCAUAGUUGAUCACAAGAGGCAGUCAAACUUGCCCUCACUGUGGCAUGAGCAUUUUUGCAGCCACUCAUUGGGUUUACCAUUUAACUUGACUAGAAGUCCCUUUUUGUGGCUUUGGUUCAUUCACCUAGCAAUAUUUUGUUGCAUAAAGCAUUGUGAAGUCUUUGUUACUUCGCUGCAGGUGCGAAACCAUGUUCUUGCAUCCCUAUAGUGUUGCUUUCAUUAAGACUGCAAGCCAUCAUCAACAUUGCAAGAAUGUGCCAUGUGUAAUGGAAGUGUAGUGAGAGCAUUGGAGGAAGCAGCUGUACAUAUUGCAGUCUUUGCAUAAUGACCUUGUGUUGCCUUGGUGACGGGACCUGCAGUGUAAAAGUUGUGUUGUGUGAAUGAACGUGCAAGUUUUAUUCAACACUAGGUAGGCUACCGUGUCCUUAACAAAAGCGUGUCGCAGGACUGUGUGGCAGUACUGCUUGCUGCUUCUGCGCAUCUGGUACAUUGGAGCUCCACUGAUUGACGACUCUCCCUUGUAAUGAUUUCACAAGCUAGCCGAAAGAGCUUGUGUCCGUCGAAGACAACCUAGCUUACUGCAAAAAAAAAAGGGAAAAAAAAGGAGUAGCAGAAUCUAAGCAGGCAGAUUAUUUCAAUGGAGUCUUUUCCAUGUUCUUGGUGCACCAGAAGCGCUGUAGCUGGACACAGACCACACACACCUGUGACAGCUCCCAUCAGAGUCACGUGGCCUGCAUAUUGAUAAACGCUGCAGGUAUGAGCAGCUUGCUUUUUUUUUUUUUAUUCUUUCUAAGAAUGUCUGUGAGUGUUGUGGAGAUCGUCAUACCAUGUCUUGUGGUGAAUGUGUGUUUUUGUAUGUGCAGAGGUGUGCUUUUGUGUGUGCUUAUAAAUGUGUGAAUUUGCGGUGGUGAAAAGGGCGAGUGCAUGGUGCGAACCGGGCGGUUCUUUGUACAUUACGCUUUUCCUGACCUUCCAUCCAUAUUGAAGAUGUCUGGGGAGAUGGCUCGCGCUUUCAUACGGCGUUGAUAUUUCUGUUUUAAGAAAUACACUUGCAUACACUAUAUACAUUAUGUAUAGUGUUCCGCUGGUCAUGUAGAGGAGAAAUAAAAUCAAUUGAUGAAAAA